CCCGGGCGCUGCUGUGCCGGCAAUGCCCUCGCCGCCUCCUCGCCCGGAAAGCCUGCAUUUCCAGGUAAUCUGCUUUUCCUUAUGGUAAAGACUGCAUCUGGCUGAUGAGCGGGGUGGAGAGGCCACCGAGCGAGGCGCGGGCGCAGACCUGGGAGACGGAGGACGAGGACAUGGCAGAGGGCGACUUAGGGUAUGGCCUCGGAAGAAGGCCCGGCGGCAUUUAUGAAGCUCAAGUUUCACACUUGUUUACAUCUAGAAAAAGAUCAGAUGAAAGGAACUUUAGCCCUCCCCCAUUUCCAAAAAAGGGGGAAGAAAGAAGCGGUGCCCUUUUCCACUAUUCCAGUCCUCAAGAUACAUACCCUGCGGGGUCCAGAAUUUCCCCCAACAGAGGACACAGUAGCACUGAUUCUAAUUCAGAAUUGUCAAAGGUAGAAUUAAAGCAACGUCUUGCUGAAACAUUGGAGGAGGUAGAAAUUUUAAAAACUGAACUUGAGGCAUCUCAAAGACAACUUGAAGGUAAAGAGGAAGCACUGAAAAUUCUUCAAAGCAUGGCAAUAUUUGGCAAAGCCACAAGUCAUACCCAGGCAGUACUUCAAAAAACUGUGGAACAAAGGAGAUCCUUGGAGAAGAGCCUGCCUCUUUCUGACCACAUCAUCUUUACUAAAAAGGAAAUAAAUGCCUUGCAGUGGAAAAUAGAAUUUGAUCAGAAUAGAUUAAAAAAUAUAGAAGAAUCUUGGACCCAAAAAUGUGACAGACUAAACUGUGAAAAUGCAGUCCUCAGAGAAACUUUGAAACUAAAAACAGAAGAAAUUAAAAUGCUGAAGUCUGAAAAUGCAAGCUUGAAUCAACAGUAUUGGAAAGCCUUUGCUCUGCUUGACAUCAAACAGCAGAAGAUGGUCCAGGAAAGCAUGUGUGAUGAUAACAGUGACUUUUCAGAGGUUUCAGGUCUUGAGCUUGCCAUCCUUGGAGCCUGCCUUUGUCAUGGUCCUGGAGGGAACCCCUGUUCCUGUGCCAAAACGGCAGCGUCUGCUCGGAAAAUGCUUCUUCAGCUCAAACAAGAGCUGGAACUUCUGCAGAAGAGUAAAGAAGAAGCUUACAUAAUGGCAGAUGCAUUCAGAAUUGCAUUUGAGCAACAAUUAAUGAGGAAAAAUGACCAGGCACUAAGAUGGACACAAAUGGAUAAAAUGUGUAGAAAAGAAACAAAAUGUAUAAAUUGGAAGGAUAGGUUACUAUCACAGAGGACUAAGAAGACCUUAGGGCAGAAACUGCUGCGUAUGCUGCCUUCAGAAAACAGUUCUAAGAGGACUGAAGACCAGGAUAAUCCUCAGGAAGUCUUGAAGAUGCUAAUAGAUUUGUUGAAUGAUAAAGAAGAAGCUUUGGCUCAUCAAAGAAAAGUUAGUUACAUGCUUGCUCGGGCAUUGGAAGACAAAGACACAGGUUCAAAAGAGAAUAAAGAAAAAAAUCCCAUGAAAGACCAUUUUCCAUUAAAAAUCCCCCAGCAAACUUCAGAAUUCUCUGUUUUGCAUGAUCCUGUACAUUCAAGUGUUCAAAUUAUUAAUUCUGUAGGUUGUAUUUGUUCAAUCCAGCAUCUUCAUACAGAUAGAAACUAUACAAGAACUCUGAAAAGAUCUCGUUCUUUGCCAUCAAAUACCACGUUUUGAAGACAAACCAGUUGAAAUUAAAACCUAGAGUGGUUUAUAUAAAAGACUUUGAAGAAGGAUUGUGUAAACAUUGCAGCAUCUUGAGAAGUUGU